CACAGCAUGCUCACAUUAAUAAAAAGAGGGGCGGUCUACCAGAGACACACCUUCCAGAGAAACGUCUCUCUCUCCUCCUUACCCCCAAAUAUUCUACAGGGCGCACGUGUAGCGCCGGUAGUGGUCAUUGGCGGUGGCCACGCGGGGUGCGAGGCGGCCGCUGGGUCUGCCAGGUCCGGCAUCCCGACCCUCCUUGUGACCCCCGAGAUCUCCAAGAUUGGAACCUGCUCCUGCAACCCAUCCUUCGGUGGGAUAGGCAAGGGAACGUUAAUGAAGGAAGUGGAUGCUCUCGACGGUGUGUCGCCACGGAUCGUGGACAAGGCUGGGAUUCAUUUUAAAAUCCUCAACUUCUCCAAGGGCCCGGCUGUCCAUGGUCCGCGUGCCCAGAUCGACAGAUACAUCUACCUUAAGGAGAUGCAGAAGGUUAUAUUACACUAUGCUAACUUGGAGGUCAUGGAAAACAAGGUGAAGGACAUCAUCGUCGACAGGGCCGAGGCGGGUUCCGACGUUGACGGAAGAUCCUUCGGAAACGUGGUGGGCGUGAUAAUGGAGGACGGUACGGUGUUGAAAACCGCAAAGGUGGUCAUCACGACCGGCACUUUUCUCGGCGGUGAGAUUCACAUUGGGUUGAACGCCUACCCCUCUGGACGCAUGGGUGAAGAAGCCACAUUCGGCCUAUCCAAGACCUUGGACGAAGCGGGGUUCCGUUUGGGGCGGCUCAAGACCGGUACCCCACCACGUCUCUCUUCAAAAUCUAUCGACUACACCAACCUAGAGGUCCAAGCAGGAGACAGCCCGCCGUUGCCAAUGUCGUUUAUGAACGACACCGUCGCCCUUGCCGACCAGCAAGUGGUUUGCCACGGAACGUACACAAAUACCGCAGUACACAAGCUUAUUGCGGAAAACUUGGACAAAUCUAUCCACAUCCGCGAGACGGUCAAGGGUCCCCGUUAUUGUCCGUCUAUCGAGUCAAAAAUUGUCCGGUUUUCCCACAAAGAUUCGCACCGUAUCUGGCUCGAGCCUGAGGGUAUUGAUACCGAUGUGGUAUACCCUAACGGUAUCUCCAUGACCAUGCCAGAGGAUAUCCAGCUCCGGAUGCUCCGGCUUAUUCCGGGGUUGGAAAACGUAGAAAUGCUACAGCCUGGCUACGGGGUGGAGUACGAUUACGUCGACCCAAGAGAGCUCAACAGCACCUUGGAAACCAAGCUUGUAUCUGGGUUGUACUUGGCCGGCCAGAUUAAUGGGACCACAGGCUACGAAGAGGCGGCGGCACAGGGGGUGGUGGCCGGGAUCAACGCGGGUUUGGCCGUUAAGCACAAUGGCGAAAAAGCCUUGAAGCUCAAGCGCAGCGACGCCUAUCUCGGUAUCUUGGUCGACGACUUGAUAACCAAAGGUGUGGAUGAGCCAUACCGCAUGUUUACGUCACGUAGCGAGUUCCGCAUCAGCGUGCGCCCAGAUAACGCCGAUGCGCGGUUGACGCCGCUUGGCCGCGCCUUGGGUGUCAUUGCGGACGACCGCUGGAGCAGAUAUUCCCAGGAAGCAGAGACGGUGGAGGCUUUGCUCCAAGAGUUGAAGAACGUGGUGAAGACGUCACAUAAAUGGACCACAAUAUUUGAAGGCUUGAAGCUCGGGAACGACGGAAGUAGCAAGUCGGCGUUCGAGCUCUUGGCCCACAAGGACGUUUCCGUGGAGAUGGUCAUGCCAUACGUGGCAAGUCCGGAGAAGUACGCCGCCAUGUCGCCCAGAUUGAAGCAAAAGGUGGCGAUUGAGGGAAAAUACUUCCCAUAUCUCGAGCAGGAGCGCCGCUUGAUCACCGCGUUCACCGCGGAUGAAUCGAUGCCCUUGCCCUUAAACUACGACUAUUUUCAGAUUCACAAUAUCGGUUCAGAAGCCGCCACAUUGUUAAACAAAAUCCAGCCUGAGACGAUUGGCCAGGCAAGGCGCAUCCAGGGAAUCACCCCGGCCACAUGUCUCAUGUUGUACAAAAUUUCCAAGUAUGGCGUCGCCAAACACGCGCGAACCGUGCCAUUAGAUGACAGAAUGAGGUUUUGACGACGAUGAUUAGUCUUAGUCAGUUGUAUAUAGAUAAGGGUAUGAAUUGCUAGGGAUUAAAGCCCCAGUGAAGGGAAU